UAGGUAGAAGUAAACAACUUACAAACGACUUUCGAUUUCAAAAUACACAAUAAGCUGAGAAGAGGCAGUCAAAUAUUGACAUGCACAGAACUGACCAUACUUAUCGGUCCUCCUAUAUUUAAUAUGCCUGCCAAAAACAAAUGGCCGUCAAUUAUGAAUCGGCGAUGAACAAUUUUUUAUAUACUAUUAAAAAAGCCAUAGAGUGCUAAUGUUUUAGUGAUUUUUGGAUUGGUGCAUAUUAUACAAUUAUUUCGAUAUUAUUAGUAUUUGUCUAUAUAUAAAAUAAAUACGACUAAAAAUAACCUUGUCGCUAUUUCAUAACACUAUCAAAUCAAAUUACUAAAUUGUUGGUUGUUGAUUACCAUAAUGUUCGUUCCACGUGAUGUAUUUAUUUUGGGAUUGUUAAUUUACUAGUGACGAUAGUUUAUCAGUUCUCGUCUAUAAACAUGUUUAUACUAUAGAUUGAAAUUAUGAAAAAUUAGCGACCAUGCGUUCAAUGAGUGUAAGGCCAAAAGUACUUUCUGACAAUGGAGUACUUUCAUACGAUUUUUUUGAUACUAUUCAUAUUUAACAAUGUAAUCGCAGAUAAUAUUGAAUCUUGCGACAGCACCAUAUAUUGUCAAGGAAAAUUACUCCACACGAUUCAAAUGGCACGACUCUUUUCCGAUUCGAAAACAUUCGUAGAUAUGAGUCAAAAAAAUCCACCAGACGUAACAAUGCAGAACUUUAAUAACCUAAUGAAAGCAAAAAAUGAUAAUCCAUCUAAAGAUGAUUUAGUCCAAUUUGUGAAAGAAAAUUUCGAUAGUGCUGGGGAGUUAGUCGAAUGGACACCCCCUGAUUUUAAUAAAAACCCGGCGUUUAUAGAAAGAAUUGAAAAUGAGAGAGUCAAAAAAUUUGCGCAGAAUUUAGUCAACAUUUGGCCUAAGCUUGCAAGAAGAGUCAGCGAUUCUGUAAGGGAUCAUCCAGAUCAACACUCUUUGAUAUACCUGCCUAACGGUUUUAUUAUACCUGGAGGAAGAUUUAAAGAAAUAUAUUACUGGGAUAGUUAUUGGAUAUUAGAAGGUUUGCUCAUCAGUGAAAUGACCGAAUCUGUUAGAGGAAUUUUAGAAAAUUUCUUAUCCAUAGUUGAAAAAUUUGGAUUUAUACCGAACGGAAGUAGAGUUUACUAUUUGAACAGAUCUCAGCCUCCACUUCUAGCCAGUAUGGUUGGCAAAUAUAUAGACUAUAGUAAUAAUAAAACUUGGUUAGAAUCCCAUGUUGAUACUAUCGAAAAAGAAAUGAAUUGGUGGUGGGCUGAAAGAAGAGUCUCAGUCUCUAAAGGUGGCAAAACUUAUGAUAUGUUUAUGUACAAAGUUAAAAGUAAUACUCCCAGACCGGAAUCGUAUUACGAAGAUGUAUCCACUUGUCAGAAUUUUACAGAAGUGGAAAAGCAAACAUGUUACAGAAACCUUAAAAGUGGUGCUGAAAGUGGUUGGGACUAUUCGACGCGAUGGCUUUUCAAUGAUGAUAGAUCUCCAAGUAGCAAUCUAUCUCAAAUAGAUAUACUACAUGUUAUACCAGUAGAUUUGAAUGCCAUUAUAUGCAAAUCGUUUGAAGAACUUUCCCGUUUCUAUCAAUUGAUCGGCAAUAACGACAAAUCGUCAAAAUGGACCGAAAAACAAAAUGCUUUAAAAGAAGCCAUUUAUGACGUACAUUAUAAUGAAGAGGAUGGAAUUUGGUACGAUUACGAUUUAGCUAAUUCCAAACAGAACAAAGUAUUUUACCCCAGUAAUUUUGCGCCUCUUUGGAGUGAUGCAUUCGAUACGUCGAAGAAGGAAGUAUUUGGAGUUAGGGCGGCUCAGUAUUAUAAAGAUAAUAAAGUUCAAAAAUACCCCGGUGGCAUACCAACUUCACUUAUUAACAGUGGGCAACAAUGGGAUUUGCCCAAUGCUUGGCCUCCUCUACAGGAAUUUAUUGUUCUAGGUUUGAAAAAAAGUGGUUCAAGAAAAGCUGAAAGAUUGGCUAGAUCUCAAGGAACCAAAGUACUUGAAGCGUAUAUGACAGGUUUUGAAUCAACUAAUGAUAUGUACGAAAAAUAUGAUGCUUAUAACGUUGGAGGGUAUGGUGGCGGUGGUGAGUAUGUAGUUCAAUCAGGUUUUGGUUGGUCCAAUGGUGAAGCUCUUGCUUUGAUUAAUGAAUUUUACCUAAAACCAGUUAAAAAGCAGAAAACAUCUUCUCAUCCACGUCAUAGGCAUAACAAAAUGAAUGAAGAUCACCAGUAGAAGUAUGUAUUGUUUUUUCCGUUUAAUAUUGUAAUAUAGUAGAUUUUUAAUUUUUACUGUUGUUUAUUUUAAAAUAGGCACCCUAAACUCCAUAUAUUCUAUUCUAAUAGUGAAUUUAUGCAAUUCGCAUAUUCAUCAUCUUAUAGCAAGGAACAUACUUCGUACCAUCCCGGACCUUCCGGUUUUACCAAUCAAUGGAUUAGUUCACUUUUUGUACUGAAUUUAUGAAACGGUUGUUUUUCUUGAUUAUAAAAACAUAUCGUAUUUCAUAGAUAUGUUUUGUUAAAGUUAUCAGCUAAAAGAUAACCUAGCCUAAUCUAAUGUGAACCUAACCUCAUCGGAGCUAAAUUAUGCGAACGUAACCAGAAAACGUAUACUUUUCUCGGUCUGCUUAGAUCAAGCAACAAAUCGAAUGUAAAUAAAAACGUGAAAAAUUUAUUCAUUUCAGUUCAAAAAGUCGCGUCCAAUUAUAUGUAAAGCUGGAAGUAUUAAUUUCUACACCUUCAUAAAUAUCUAGGUCUUACACCUCGGAUAAACUAACAUGUUUUUUAUAAUUCUAAAUUGGGCCUAAGCAAGAAAGUACAAAUGAAAGUGAUUAAAUAUAAAGUAUGUCGAGUCAAAAAAAUAUCAAUCGGAAUAAAUUUCAGCACCUUUUAUAAUAGAAGAAAUUUAUUAUUAACUGCAUUAUAGAAUAUCUCCUACUCUAUAAAAUACGGAUCAUAUAAAUACUAUUAAAGGAAAUACGUCAUAGAGCAAACUUAAUUUCCAAGCCAAUCAGGUGCAAAGACAUCACAUGUCAUUUAGAAAGACGACGUAUAUAUUCGACUACAAUCAAAUCAUUUGUUUUUGGUUGUAUGCAAAUUAUGUAUGGAAUAAAAAGUUGAUGGUUGCAUUUGAUAACAAUAAUUCAUUUUUUAUUACAAAAGGACAUACCCUAACAAAAAUUUAUUAACAAACAAAACAAACACAUCUAUUAGGACCAUGGAAAUAGGAAAGGUAGGGAACGCGCUUAAAUGAGCUUAUAGGUGCGUGCAAGUGAAACCUGUAGUGCGUUAAGUUGAGACAAAUUCUUACUAACAUUAAGUAAAAAUAUGAAAUCGUUACAAUAAUGAUGGAUUUAUUGUAAAUAAAAAUAAUAUUGAUCUUUUAAUGCAUUUAUUUCAUUAAUUUUUUAGGAGAUCUAGUUAGUUUUAAUUUCAAUAUAUUAAAUAAAUAAUUAUUCUAUUAUAUAACUGUAAAAACUGUGUCUUUUUUGUUUCUUUGAAAUUGGUUAAUUUUCCAAUAAACUGGAAUCUAAUAUCUUUAUAUUUUUCAGAAAUAGCUAUUAUUAAAUCCGA